GCGGCGACCUCCGGACCUCGGCACCGCCGCCACCGCGGCCCAAAGGUCGCCCGGCGGACCUUGGCCACCGGCCCCGCAGCGCUGGUGACCAUGGCGGUGCUGCCGGCCCUGGUGGCCCUGGUGGCCGUGCUGCUGGUCCUGGUUCCGGUGGCCGCAGCCCGCUUGGUGCCGUUCCUGUGGGAGGACCUGGCGUUCUUCGCCACCAUGGCGAGGGCAUCGCUGCGGUGCCGCCGGCGCCUGGCCAGCCGGCCGGCCACCACCCUGCUGGACGUGUUCCAGCAGCACGCCCGGCUCCGGCCGCGCCGGCCGCUGCUGCUCUUCCAGGACGAGGUCUACACCUUUGAGGACAUCGAGCGCCGCAGCAACCGCGCCGCCUGGGCCCUGUCGCGGCGCCUGGGGCUGCGCGGCGGCCGCACGGUGGCCGUGUUCCUGCCCAACGAGCCGGCCUACCUGUGGACGUGGCUGGCGUUGGCCAAGUUGGGUUGCCCCAUGGCUUGUCUCAACUGCAACGUCAGGGGCCGGGCGCUGCGGCACGCGCUGGAGGCGGCCGAGGCCACCGUGCUGCUGGCCAGCCCUGAGCUCCACGAGGCCGUGGAGGAGGUUCUGCCCGACCUGCGGCACGCCGGCGUCGCCGUUUUCUACCUGAGCGCGGAGUCGCCCACGCCGGGCGUGGAGGCGCUGCUGCCCGCCAUCGAGGCGGCGCCCGAGGAGCCGCCGCCCGCCGCGCACCGCGCCGGCGUCACCGCCAACUCCAAGGCCAUGUACAUCUACACCUCGGGCACCACCGGGCUGCCCAAGGCCGCGGUGAUCACGGAGAUGAAGCUGAUGAUGGUGGCCAGCCUGGCCCGCAUGUGCGGCCUGCGGCCCGACGACGUCGUCUACACCACGCUGCCGCUCUACCACUCGGCCGGGCUGCUGGUGGGGCUCGGGGGGUGCCUGGACGUUGGAGCCACCUGCGUCCUGCGGGCCAAGUUCUCGGCCUCUCAGUUCUGGCCCGACUGCCGGCGCUACAACGUCUCCGUCAUCCAGUACGUGGGCGAGCUCAUGCGCUACCUGUGCAACACGCCCAAGUGUGCCGAUGACCGGGAGCACGGCGUGCGCAUGGCCCUGGGCAACGGCCUGAGGGCGGAGGUGUGGAAGGAGUUCCUGCGGCGCUUCGGGCCCGUGGCCGUCUGGGAGUUCUACGGAGCCACCGAGGGCAACGCCGGCUUCAUCAACUACACCGGCAAGGUCGGGGCCGUGGGCAGGGCCAACAGGUUCGUCAAGCUCUUCGCUCCCUUCGAGCUCAUCAGGUACAACGUGGAGCAGGACGAGCCCGUGCGCGACGAGCGGGGGCUCUGCAUCCCCACCAAACCCGGUGAGACGGGGCUGCUGGUGAUCAAGAUCACCAAGAACACCCCGUUCCACGGCUACGCCGGCGACUCGCAGAAGACCGAGAAGAAGAUCCUGAGGGACGUCUUGGCCAAAGGCGACGCCUUCUUCAACAGCGGCGACCUCCUCAUGAUGGACAGCCAGAAUUUCAUCUACUUCCAGGACCGUGUCGGGGACACCUUCCGGUGGAAAGGGGAGAACGUGGCCACGACGGAGGUGGAGGCCACGCUGGGCCUGGUGAGCUUCAUCCAGGAGGUCAACGUCUACGGCGUGGCCGUGCCGGGGUGCGAGGGCCGCUGUGGCAUGGCCGCCGUGCGCCUCAAGGACGGGGCCACCUUCGACGGUGACAAACUCUACGCCUUCACGCAGGACACGCUGCCCGCCUACGCUGCCCCCCGCUUCAUCCGGAUCCAGGACGCUCUGGAGAUCACGGGCACCUUCAAGCAGUGCAAGAGCAACCUGGUCAAGGAGGGCUUCGACCCCAACCUCGUCCGGGACCGGCUCUUCCUGCGCGACGCCGCGCGCCGAUCCUACGUGCCGCUGAGCGCCGCCGCCUUCCAGGACAUCCAGGACGGGAGGCUCGCGCUGUAGCGGCCCGCGGUAAUUAGCAAAGGCUAAUUAGGGGCUAAUCAGGCACUUUGGGCAGGUCUGGAGCACCUUGGACUUGGUGGAAAUUAAACCCUUAAUUCCCAUUUUUGAGUCUUUUUGGGAUUGUAGCGGCUCCUCCGGGGGCUCCGCAGAGGCCCCGGAGCGCUGACGGCCCCGGGGUAAUUAGCAAAGACUAAUUAGGGGCUAAUUUGGAGCGCCUUGGACUUGGUGUCAGCUGGGCUGGCACCUCCACGCUGGAAAAGAAAUCCUUAAUUCCCAUUUUUGGCUGCCAAAGGAUUUGGGGGAUUUGGGUCUUUUUUGGGGUUGUAGCACUUCAGCAGUGGACCCUGGGAGCUGAUGGCCCCGGGGUAAUUAGCAAAGGUUAAUUAGGGGCUAAUCAGGCACCUUGCAGUUGGUGUUAGCCUGGCCCAGUGCUGGAAAUGAAACCCUUAAUUCCCAUUUUUGGCUGCCAAAGGAUUUGGGGGAUUUGGGUCUUUUUUGGGAUUCGCAGUGGACCUGGGGAGCUGAUGGCCCUGGGGUAAUUAGCAAAGGUUAAUUAGUGGCUAAUCAGGCACUAAUUGGGAGGUUUGGAGCACGUUGGAGUGAGUCAAACCUCAUCCCGUUCCUGCCCCGGGCUCUGAUCGGGAACAAAUCCUGGGAAUUCCAUCCCAGCCCCUCAGCAACCCCACGAGGAAGGAUUCCAAUAUCCCAAAUAAUUCCCUAAACUGGGAAUUCCUUCCCAAUAUCCCAAAUAAACCUCUAAAUUGGGAUAUUUUUUUUUCCCAAUAUCCCACUGAAAUCUCCCCAAUUUCCCACCUAAUUCCCUAAAUUGGGAAUUCCUUCCCAAUAUCCCACUGGAAUCUUCCCAGUUUCCCAGCUCAUUCCCUAAACUGGGAAUUUUUUCCCAAUUUCUCACUGGAAUCUCCCCGUUCCCAGUGUGAUGUCACUGCUCCUC